CGUCUUCAGUGCAUAGUUGGGCACAUGUUUGCUUGUAUUCCUGUGUGUGUGCGUGCAUACGGACGUGUGUAUAAACAAAAUCGUUUAAAAUUUUGUUUGCAUUCGAAAUCUAUGUUUGUACGCUUAUUUGUAUCAGUCAACUACUAUGUGUUGGGGAAUUGUUUGCUGAUUUCAUACUGUGCAGAACUCUUUAACAAUCGGCAUGAAAGGAAGUUUAUUCGCGCAAGGAAAUUAUAAACAACAGAAGACGAUUUUAGAACUAGUUUCGCGGAUAAACUCAUAGUGAAGAGUUCGUUGAGCGCGGCGACGGGAUUAGCUAAAUUUUUUAGUCCCAAAUAAUUUAUGAAUACAGCGAGAGCGAUAUAAAAGUAUUUUAAAAAAAAUCGCAAAUUGAAAUUAAAUACGAGACUGUUUAUGGAAUAGUUAUUUACAGUACAUACUUUUGAAAAUGGAUACAUCAGUUUACCGCCAUAUGAAUAUUGGCAUGAACACAAGAGGAAAACGUCCCUUGCGAAAUAUGACACCAAGUGAUAAGGUGCGAGCUAUUCAACGCAUCCAUAAUGGUGAGACUAAGGCGUCUGUCUCAAGAGACAUUGGUGUGCCGGAAUCAACGUUAAGAGGCUGGUGCAAAAAUGAACAAAAACUUCGAUUCAUGUGUCGCCAACUGGAUGCCUCGGAUCAACUUAAUUUUGCACUGGGCGUGGAAAAUCCUCCAGAAAAACGAUUUCGUUGCAGCAGUCACAUCCAGUCUACUCAUGCUUCCAACGACUUCCUUUAUAGCCGGCUGUCCUUGAAUGGCUUCCCGUUCUCAUCAAACAACUUUAUUUUAGAAAAGAAUCCAAUAACUGAUAUAAUUAACAAGCACAUCGAUGCAGGAAACGAUCAAAAGCAGUUUAAGGACUCAUUCAUCCAGCAGUCUAGUCUCGUUAUGCCGGACGUUGGUUUAUUGAACCGAGCGUGUCCUCAACUGCCACUCAUGCCGAAUUCCAACUUUCUCCCGUUGCUGCGUUCGAAUUCUGGCCUUCAAAACGAUUCACGUUCCUUCGAAGUCGGAAAAGUUAGGACUGCAUUGCGUACGCCAGAUGUUUCCAAAGUCAAUGUAUCGCCGUCAAGCAAAAAAUGUAGCAUCAACUGUGUACCUUCAUCAGGUAUGAAGAAUUUGCUACCAGCCGACGAUAAUCCUAAAGCAAACACCCUCUCUGCAUAUACCAAAGACAAAAAGCUCAAGUCAAUAAGUUCAUUAGUUCCUGAUAUUCAGAUCGAAUCAGGCUCUCUUUUUGGUCAGAUUCAAAUACCAACCACAAUAAAUAGCGAUACUGAAAGUACUCUUAUCGAAUGGUGUAAACUUUUUAACGCUAGCUUAAACUUCUUAGCCCUAGCCGCGGCUGCAGCAUCACUACACCCCAAUACUGCUGGUUCUACAACAGUGGCAAGUGCCGAUAGCAUUCUUCCUGCGGACAAAACAGACUCCAAUGCUGAUGGUAAACUACAGAUUUCCAUCGAACAAUCCCCGAUUCCUGUAAUCUACACAAAUAGCGAUUUAUCUAAUGACAGCUAUUUCGACAGCGAACCAGAGGAUUUAUCAGUUCGCUCUACAGCGUCAAAAGUUUCCAGUUCAUCGAAUAGUCGGUCGCAAAGUCCGAGGUUGCUUUCUACCUCCCCAAUUCAAAUGACAUCCUUCCAAAAUCAUGUUGAUCACUAAGGCACACCACUUACCACCAACCCAAUGAAUGUACAUACCGUUAGUUUUAAUAAAUAUAAAUGUACUCUCAUAUUUACAAUACAAAAUAUAUACCUACUUAUAAAUAAUUUAGUCUAUUGUCCUUGCUCCAAAAGAUUCUGUCAUUUGAUCAUAUAUCAUUCCUGCUAGACUUUUGUAUAAGUAAUAACUAGAAACGUUGUAAUUAUCAAAAAUUAUCAUAUUUAAAUAAAUUUACUUUUAACAACCAA